CCACCAAAGAAGAGGCUGAGCCGGUGUUUUUCCACUCAGCAGGAUGGGUGAUGCUCAACGCUCCCUCAUUAGACAACAGAGACGAGAGGUCAGGAAGAAAGCGCUUAUAAAUCACCCCCGCCUCCCUCGCAGCCCGGCUAGUCGGGCGGUACCUUUCCCUGGGACGCACCGGGCAGACGCCUAGAGCCCUGGCCAGCUACCUGAGCCCGCAGCAGGAAGAGAAAAUCCAUUCAGGAGAGACUCUUCUUCAUCUUGAAUGAACUUUACUUUGAGGGGUAUCCUUUGGAAGAAUCCACUUCAAAGAUUCACUGGACUAUAAAAGAAAGGCACAGAGAACCCCAAGUUAGUUCUUUCACCUAAGAAGACAAAGGCACCAGCACCUUUGGGCCUCUGGAAGAGAUCCUGACUGAGGAGAGGGCCAGUAACCGUCUUGCUGGAAGACUGUGGAAACCAGAAACAUGGCAACAAAGGAGAAGCUUCAGUGUUUGAAAGAUUUCCACAAGGACAUCCUCAAACCUUCCCCUGGCAAGAGCCCUGGGACACGCCCUGAGGACGAGGCAGAGGGGAAGCCACCUCAACGGGAGAAGUGGGCGAGUAAGAUUGACUUUCUGCUGUCCGUGGCUGGUGGAUUUAUUGGUUUAGGCAAUGUCUGGCGGUUUCCGUAUCUCUGCUAUAAAAAUGGCGGAGGUGCAUUUCUUAUACCUUAUUUCAUUUUCCUGUUUGGGGGAGGUCUUCCUGUGUUUUUCCUGGAGGUGGCGCUAGGGCAGUAUACCUCUGAAGGAGGAAUUACAUGCUGGGAAAAGAUCUGCCCUAUUUUCACUGGAAUUGGUUAUGCUUCCAUAGUGAUUGUGUCCCUUCUGAAUGUAUACUACAUCGUCAUCCUGGCUUGGGGAGUGUACUAUCUGUUCCAGUCAUUUCAGAGCGUCCUACCUUGGUCACUUUGUGGUCAGAAGUGGAACACACCUACUUGCAUGGAAGACACUCUCAGGAAGAACAAAACACUCUGGCUGUCACUGAACAUUACAAACUUCACUUCGCCUGUCACAGAGUUUUGGGAGCACAACGUACUGAGCUUGUCUACAGGGAUUGAUGAUAUCGGUGUUGUCAAGUGGGAUCUAGCACUGUGUCUUCUCUUUGUCUGGGUGAUAUGUUUCUUCUGCAUUUGGAAAGGCGUCAAGUCUACUGGGAAAGUUGUGUACAUCACCGCUACAUUCCCGUUCGUCAUGCUUAUUGUGCUGUUAAUCCGUGGUGUCACCCUGCCUGGAGCUGCAGAGGGCAUCAAAUUUUACCUUUACCCUGAUGUAUCACGGUUAGCAGACCCACAGGUCUGGAUAGAUGCUGGGACACAAAUCUUCUUCUCGUAUGCAAUCUGUUUAGGAGCAAUGACAUCCCUGGGAAGCUACAACAAGUAUAAAUACAACUGCUACAGGGACUGUUUGCUGCUGGGAUGCCUGAACAGUGGUACCAGUUUUGUGUCUGGCUUCGCAAUUUUUUCCGUCCUGGGCUUCAUGGCACAAGAGCAAGGGGUGAACAUUGCUGAUGUGGCAGAGUCAGGUCCAGGUCUGGCCUUCAUUGCCUACCCAAAAGCUGUGUCCAUGAUGCCGGUGCCUACCGUUUGGGCUAUCCUUUUCUUUGUUAUGCUUCUGUUGCUUGGACUGGAUAGCCAGUUUGUUGAAGUUGAAGGACAGAUCACGUCACUAGUUGAUCUGUACCCAUCCUUCCUAAGGAAGGGUUACCGACGGGAAAUCUUCAUUGCUAUAGUGUGUUUCCUUAGCUAUCUUCUGGGACUAACUAUGGUGACUGAAGGUGGCAUGUAUGUGUUUCAACUCUUUGACUACUAUGCAGCUAGUGGUGUAUGCCUUUUGUGGGUUGCAUUCUUUGAAUGUGUUGCUGUAGCCUGGGUUUAUGGCGCUGAUAAUAUUUACGAUGCCAUUGAAGAUAUGAUUGGAUACAGACCUGGUCCCUGGAUGAAAUGGAGCUGGAUUGUAAUCACACCACUUCUUUGCGUGGCGUGCUUUAUCUUUUCUCUGGUCAAGUAUACACCUCUGACCUACAACAAAGUUUACACAUACCCUGACUGGUCCAUCGGCCUGGGAUGGGUUCUUGCCCUUUCCUCCAUGACCUGCAUCCCAUUGGUCAUGGUCAUCCGCAUUGUAAAGUCGGAUGGCUCACUUAUUGAGAGAAUAAAAGCAGUGGCUGCCCCUAAGGAAAUGAAUCGGUGGGCCAAAGAAACAGAAAGCACCACCUCGUUCUGCGCCAAUGGAACUCCUAAUGGUGGAUUGAUUAAGCCAACUCAUGUCAUUGUGGAGACUAUGAUGUGAGCUCUCUCUGUGAGAGGAUAAACCUGCUUUAACUGCCAUUUACUAACCAUAGAUUCUCAUAGGACCGGGUUUACAGAGCUUUAUAUUUGCACUAGGAUUUAUUUUUAUUUCUCACAGAGAAAGUUGGUUUUUGUGGUGUUUUUUCUCUCUCUCUUUUUCUUUUUUUUUUACAUAUUUUGUAAGGUAAUCACAGCAGAAGCCUCGCACAGGAGGCAGCUUUCAUAUCAGACUAGACCUAUUACAGGAAUUUACUACCAUUGGGGUUUUUAAACACAUGUUAAUAGCUCUCUGAAUAUUAUACAUCUUAUCACUUGAAAUUGAUUUUCUUGCCAGCAAUAUAUUCAAAUCUCAGAAAGCCAUUUUUUAGGUGCUGGUGUGGUUGGGAACAGGGUAAACAAACCCUAGAACUCAUGAGUGAGCUCUGUUGAGAGAAUUGCAAAAAAAAAAAAAGAAGCCAAAAGGUGGAUGUUGCUGCAAGGGAUUGGUUUUCAAAGGUGUAGUGCUUUCGUCCUCUGGUUCAGGCAGGGUGAAUGACCGAUUUCUGAGUCAUGAUGCUACCUUUGCUAUGGUCAAUAUAAAUAUAUAUAUAUAUAUAUAUGGUCAGCUGGAGGAGAGAAAUGUAUGGGGGUGGGCAAUGCAGUUAGGAAUUAAAUACCCAAUCAGGACACCUGUCCCUCCUGAGCAGCAUGUAAAAAGUCCAGUCACAGUAGAAGAGAAACUACUUAUUGCCUACAGAAGACAUCUUGCCUGAGGAAGGAGUUUUGUGCACAGACCCAUUAAUUUUCCAGCAUGCCGUAGGUUAGCUGAGAUGUUACUGGUUUAAACUUACACUUUGUACGAACAGAAUGGUAGGAGCAGCCUGUGUGAUAGUGAAGAUCUGAAUUAUGGAGAGGCAGCAUUCGUGUUUUAUGGAAUUUAAAAUAUAUAUGUAUUUUGUAAACUGCUGGUCUUUGGUAGCAAAAGAAAAAUAUAUUGAGGACAAUGAUCACACCAAGCUUAACACCCAGCAUGUUAUUCAUUACCACAGGAGCAAAGCAGCCUAGGUAUAUAUUGUACACCAGGCAUUUCCAGCAGGCACAUUUUUAAUAAUAGUAAUUAAAUUAAGAGAACAACAAUGCUUAGCACACCCCUAUGCGCUGUUCAUCCAUAUACCUCAAAGUGGUAUCCCUGUGUAUUUAUUUUACUAUUGUUGUUGCAGUUGGGAAAGCAGGCCCUGGAGGGAAAGUGACUUGUCCAAGGUUACAGAAACUCAGUGGCAGAGGUAGGGCUAGAACUCAGAUCUCCUGACUGUCUUGCCCCAGAGGACCAUACUAUCACCAUUUUGUUUUUUGGGUAAUGCAUUUAUCAGGGACAAAAAAGGGGGAAUUCCACCUACUGUAAACUAGGGCUUUAUGUAAAUUAAGAGAAGUAAGUAUGUAAUUUUUCUUUGGUUAAAAAACAUUACAUACCAUUCCAAUUUAGACUUAAAAGAAAGCAUUUAAUGCAGUAGAAAGCUGCUAAACAGUUUUUAAAGCUGGAUGGCUGUAGGUAAAUUGAUCACAUAGGCCAGGUCAAGAAUUUCAAUCGAGAUUUGCUCCGUGAAGAAUUUCAAACAUCUGGAUAGAUCUUGUUUCACAAACUUCAAUACAUGCUGAGAAGAGGCUCCCUAAAGAAAUCCAGCCCUUUCCAUUUGGGUACUGUACUUGGGAGAUAAUCCUAAUUGUAGUACCACAGUUAGGCUAGCCAAAGGGAUCUGGGGGGAGCUUCAGCAGCCGAGUCUGUACCUGCUUAUACUAUUGCCAGUUCAGUUUGUCCAUGGGUAGAUUUUUGCAGUUUAAAUGGGAACAUAUCCAGUUCUUAACAUUCCUACAUGGGUCAUUUUAAAAAAGAUGUCCCAUGCAUUAACUGUAUGCAGUGUUGUUACAGCCAUGUCGGUCCCAGGAGAUUAGAGAGACAAGCUGAGUAAGGUAGUAUCUUUUGUGGGACCAACUUCUGUUGGGAAGGGAGAUAAGCUUUUGCGCUACACAGAGCUUUCCUUCAGGUCAGGCACUAACUGGUCAUUGCAGCAGAAACUUGUAGUGUUAGUAUUAAUGUAAAAUGGAAGGGGCAAUUUAGAAAUAAGAAAGGGACCAAAAAAAAAAGUGUCUUGUAUAGUUGGAGAGUCUUUAUAAUUUGCGUCUCUGUUUUUAAGUCAGAGGGGCUGAAUUCCAGCAACAAAAACAGCCAACACCACAUUAAUUUUGUUUUCUUUUCCAAUUACUGUAUUAUGAGAGUUGCAGAUGAAACACUUAUAAUUUGUUAUGGCAACUAUCACAUCUCGUGCUGAAGGUAAAAGCCACCCUGAAGCUACUCGGGGUGUCUUGACCACCUCAACAGAAGAAUUUUCUAAGCCAACGUGAUUAAAAUUGGAUUUUGAGAACUUUAGUGAAGAAAAAAAACAAUUAAAAUCAAUUCCUGUUUUAAAUAUUGUUUUAACCUUUUGCUAUCAAAAGGCAACUAAAUUAAAGCUAAAACUCUGUCAAACAUGUUAUGUAUUCCAGCCUUUGUGGAAAUGGAGAAGGCCUGAGUCAAAGCCUGCUGCAGUCAAUGGAAGGAUUCUCAGUGGGCUUUGGAUCAGGCCUUUUGUCCUUCUCAAAAUCUUGUCAUACUUUGUGUAUAGGCACAAUGGCAUGAGUUAAGGUGAGAAUAGCAACCCCAUAAUUAAAUUCCUCAUUUCAGUUAGUGUAAAUUACAGUAACAUAUUUUGUUAUAGACUCACAUUUUGUGUGUGCACACAUACUCUAGAAGGGGUACAUCUGAGAGAGACACUAAUUAGAAAAAUAGUUUGAAGGUUGAGAUUGAGAUUUCAUGCUUCACACAUGGUGGAGGGUGGAUUUGCAUUAGGAACCAGAGGGUUAAUACUACACCUUUAAAACUACAAAUAAACAAGAACGAGAGCCCAGCGCCAUUUUGACUCAAACUGUGCCAUUCAAAUCAGUCGCUUCCAUGUUCCAAGUGAAAGUGUCUCACACACAUAUGCAAUGACCUCACCGAAGUUCUGCUGGUGUAAGGUUCGCUGGCCCUGACUGUGCUAUUCAUCCUGACCGCAAGAAAGGGCCGGAUUCAUGAAGAGCUAUUAAAUCAUCCUUUCUCUUGAACAGUCACCCAGAACAAUGCUGGUCACCAUCCCACGGUUUUGAGCACCAGCGAGCCUAUUCACAGUUUAGAAUGUUUCCUAAUGCUUUAUCUACAUUUUACCUGGUGGUAAACUUGCAUUUCAACAUUAUAGUCUGCUAAAUUAAAACAAAAGGUAAAGGAUUCUUUCAAGUUCAUAUUUUCUACGUAUUUAUGGUUGCAAUGAUAACUAAUUUUCUAAUUUACUUUGUAGCAAUGUGUGACCUAUUUUACCUGCAGCGGAGGCACUAAAUAUCAUGACUAAUCAUAGGUGAACUGAUUUCAGUUAAGGGGAAAAUACCCCAGAUUGGCCUCUUUUUACAUUUCAUGCACCUUUGUACUUUGUGGUUUCUUCUGGGUUUGGAAAUGGCAAUAUUUCCAACUUCACUGAAAUCAGGUACUGAAAAUUUCAUGGGGGAAAUCUUUCGCUCAUAAGAUUUUCAGACCAAAGCAGUGCAGAUAAUCAAAACUUAUGAUUCUUAUCUAAACCAAACCUUCCAAACUCUUGCAGUCCACCUGUCACUCACCUGAUCUCAUUAAAAGUCACAAAGUAUGAUAACGUAACCAGUAGACUGUAUUGGUACAACAUGGUUUCAUGAACAGAAUUUGUUUUGGUUCUCAUUAAUUUUCCUUUUCACCUGUCUAUUGGUGACUCUGGUCCAAACAGAUCUAUGAGCUUCCAUAUGUUCUCACUGAAGUUUGAGAUAUGGAAACCAAUAUGGGUCAGUUCCUAUGCAGCAAACAAAAAUAAAAAAGGACAGUAGUUCUGUGUACCACCUUAACAUAUGUUGCUAUCCAAACUGCAGUGGAAGGUCAGCUCUUGAAUGUGGGUUCGGGAAGUGGCUCAGCAAACGUGAGCUGCACUGGUGCACUUGCAAAAAAAAGUGCGGCCUUCUAAUCGUUUUAACAAGACAACGGCAGAGAAUUUUAUAUCGUCACUGUAAUCACAUGAUCAGUGGCUAAUCAGAACUCCGGCUUGUUUUUAAUGUAGUAUGUGCCCUAAUUGCUCACCUGCAGAUGGACAUGGCUACCCAGCCUCUGUCCCAAAUAGCUCUAGAUCUGAAGAAGGGUGAAAUGCCCAGCAGUCAGUAGUACGUUGUUGAGCAGAAUUGACAAUUUGGUAAUGUCUUCGUCAUAAGUGUGUUCAAAUCCUGUACCCACUGAUAACAAUAGCUUAACCACCGUUUGUCUUCAGUGGGAGAGGGACUGAACACCUGGAAUGACUGGUUAUGAAGCCAUGGCUUGUGGUCGCUGUGGGUCAGGUAGGGAGACAGUGUAAAUAAAGGGUUAAAUAAGAGGUGUAUUGAGUGGAGGGCACAGACUACUAAAGUGUUUCAAGUGCACUGGGAAGAAAGUUGGCCAUCACCUAACACCAAGGAAAUUCAGUGCAUUUGGCACACUCCCUGUAGCAAACAACUGUUUUCAAUUCACAUCUCAAAUGAGACCCCCACCACAAUUAAAAACAGCCUUAGGGGAGGUGCUGCUAUGUCCAGUCUUCAAAGUAUUUACAGCAUUCUUGGGAGAUGAUCUGAUCAGGUAUUGCUGGCAAAGAAAAGUGUGCAAAGAAAAAGCUCUUUUGAGUGCACUGCAGCAACAAUGCCACCCCACCUUGUUUGAUGAUUGACAAGAGUGCACUGAAGUAGGGUGGGACAGGUUAGCCAGUAUUCAUAGGCGAGAAGCCUAAACCUCAAGGAGCCAAGAUCACCUCUUCUUAACUAGGGAUGGGGUGAAAUAAAAGCUCAGAACCAACCACCCUGAACUUUGGGGAACGUAGGUUAAAAUUCAUGGCUGCCUCUGUCAUAGGCUGAACUGAAAUCCCAGGUCCAAAAUACCCCCAAAGAGAGUUCAGAUAUGGAUCUGAAGGUCACAGCUUGGGCCCAUUUCUUCCAGAGUUAGAUGCCAAAGCCUUGUAUUUAGAAUUAAAGGUUAUUAUUAACUCUCAGCUGAGAAGCGUUCAGGAACUACUAGGACACAACCUUUAAUCUGUUAUAUUUAUUCAUUUUUAAUCUAGGAUGAACACGCUCCUAAUUGUACUAAUUUGUUUACAGAGGAAUUAAUGUUAAAUAGGACACGUUGGGUUUACAGCUUUGUGAUAUAUUACUCUUUAGUUUAUUCUGAGCUACUCUAAGGAGGACAUCAAAGCAUCAGAUCAAAUCCCUAGCUACAAAGAUAAACACGACUCAAGCAUCUGUGGACACAGAACAUAAGAAAACAAGCUGAGUGCAUAAAAUAAGACCUUGAUCCUGCAUGCCUUGGUCAGGUUAAAAAGCUCACUGAUUUCAAUGGACAAUUUAAUUUCAGCAGAAAUUUUGCCCAAGACAGUGCCCAACCACGACUACAGCUGGUCCAAUUUUUUUUUUUAAAAGGAAAUCCCCCCUGCCAAAUGGAAAAUGUUUCAUUCAAAGAGUGCUAGUUUUUCCAAAGGCAAACAAUGUCAAAACAUUUUCAGUGCCCCCCCCCUUUUUUAAAAAAAAGUGGAAAUUUUGAAAAAAAAUUCUUCAAAAUUUCCAUAAAAACAUCAAAUAAAACCCAGGUGGCAUUUUUCAACGAUUUCUAAUCAAAAGCUAAAACAAGAUAUGAAAAAGCUUAACCAAAAUAUAGCUUUAGAGUUGGUUUUAAACCUGGAAUCAAGCAAGGAUCAAAGUCUGUGAAGGCAGGUUGAAAAAUGUGUGUGCAGGGGGGAGGGAGUCACAAAACUUUUGUUAAUUUAGCCUUCCAUUUUUUCCCCAUUAAAAUUAGAAUUUUAGGCCCAAUCAGAGGGUACAGGAGAACUAGGAAAAGAAACUGGAUUUCUUUAGCCUGGCACUUGUUGUCUGUAAAUCUUCUGCAGCUGAGGUGUGAAAAGGUUUUUACAAUAGACAAAGUGGCAGAACACCAGUGUUGAAAAGGUGUUGGGAGGCUGAAUGUUGUGGGACAGAUUGAGGUGGGUCCAUCAUUUGCUCUUGUCGAAGAACUCAAGGAUGUUCUCUUAGCAUUCGAUUAAUUGAAGUACUGCUCUGAAAUGCUCAUUGUUUUGCUCGGAUUUUUUUUUCAGUGUGAUGUUGUGAUUGUUACCUGAUAGGUCUCCAGGGACUUCAGAUAGUAAGCAGUGGUCCAUCUUGUUUGAUGUAUUUAGCUAAAAACAGUGGUGGUGGUGAUUUUUGUUUUUUAUUUAAUUUCCUAAUAACUGUAACUACAGUAUGUGAUAAGUAGCACGUGGAAGAGUGACGAUGUUGAAGUCACCUGACCUUUUUAAAAACUUUAACAAUUUUUAAAAAAAAUUCUGGUUUUGUUCUGAGCAGGACUGUUUGUAUUUGAAUAAGAUCCUGGAGUGUAAUUCAAUCCUUAAAACUAGCCUUUGUGUAUACAGUAAAUGUUUGUAUUUUGCAGUAUCUGUUUUGAUUUUUAGAUAAAAAUGUAUAUUGAUAUUUUUAAGUCAUCUUUGCUUUUUUAGAUGGAGUUUGUAAUCACCUUAUAACAGAAAAUAAAUUUUUCCUUUAUAAAUUAAA